AUGGCUCAAAAUGGCGCGAUUCAGAAUAAUCUCAGUGCUCAAAAUAGUCAAAAUGGAUUAAAUAAUGGACAAUUUGGACAAUAUCAGGCAAGUCAAACUUUCAAUUCACAACCAAUUAUGUAUUCGGGCACGCCGUUUAUGGCGAUGAACUCGGAUUCACCUGGGUUUACCGGCAAUACCUCACCCACCCCAUGUACUCCAGCAGGUCAAAAUCAAGGACUGAAUUCUGAUGUUAUUUCUAUGUUAUUACAAAGGCUCGACUCAAUGGACAAAAAACUUUCACAGUUAGAUAUUAUUCAAAACGGUAUGAGCGCUUUAACGGUCCGUAUGGAUAAAAUGGAUCAUAAAAUCAAUAAUUUUGAGAAAAAACUGAGAGAUAUAGAACAAAGCCGCUCGUUUGAUAGUAGUGCAUUAGAAGACAUAAACAAAAAACAAAAUGAGCUUGAGUCUGUUUUGAAGUCGAUGAGAAAGGCCGAAAAGGAGCAGUGUGAUACUGAAACGGUGUUACGGGAAGAAAUUACCGAUCUGAAGUGUCGUAGUAUGAGGGACAAUCUUUUGUUUUUCAAACUUCCGGAGGAGAAAGAAGAAAGCUGUGUGCAGAAGGUUCUUGAUUUCAUAGAAAACGACAUGAAAAUAGAAAAUGCUAAACAGGAAAUAAAGCUCCACCGUGCACAUCGAGUUGGGAAAUAUAACAACACGAAGGUCCGACCUAUAGUCGCUAAAUUUGCCUACUUUCCAGACAGAGAGAGGGUCAAGAUGGCGGCGAAAGCUCUGGCAGGAACCCCGUAUGGUGUUGGAGAACAAUUCCCCAAGGAAAUUGUAGAUACCAGGAAGAGGCUCGUACCCAUUAUGAAGAAGGCUAGGGAUGAGGGAAAAGAGGCCUUCAUUAAAGUAGAUAAACUGUAUAUAAAUAAGCAACUAUACAGAGAAGGGUCAGAAAAUGUAUAG